AUGAUUGUAGAAUCUUGUUCAUGUUCAACAACUUCUAAUAAUCAUCGUCAACAGAAAUCUUUUCAUAUGCAUAUGAAUAAAACAAUUUCAAAACAAAAUAAUCAUUUAAAUACGAAUGAAAAUCGUACGGAUGAUGAUUAUGGUGGUGGUGGAAAUACAGAAAUUUGUUCUAAAAUAACAAAUGGUAACAAUCAUAAAUCUCGUUUAAAUAAUCGAGAGAAUGAUUCAACUCGUUGGUGGCUUGUUCAUUUUAUUCAACGAUUUAUUGUUGAUCCAAAACGUACAUUAACUCGAAGUCGUAGUGCAACUGAUGCAACACGUUUUCUUCGUCAUAUUCAAACUCGUUUUUCACCAGCAUUUAACUGUGAAUCAAUUUAUGAAGAAUCAUCAACAAAUAAUAAACGACGAAAUAAUGAUCGUGAUCAAAAUCAUUUAUCUGUGUAUACGCGACCACGUUCUCAAUCACUUCCAACUAAUAGUAUUUGCAGUACAAAUAAUCAAAUGUUACAUAUACAACGUCAAUCACAACCACUUAUACGUUCAUCAUCAGUGCAUGAUCUUCAGCGAUAUGAAGUCUAUCGUGCAAAUGAAUUAGAUUUUGGUCCUAUUAUUGGACAAGGUUUUUAUGGUAUUGCACGAACCGUUACACUCAGGAAAACUGGUCAGAUAAUGGUUAUGAAAGAAACAAAAACAGUGGAUAAAGAAGCACAAAAAAUAUUCGUUAAAGAAGUGCAAGUUCUGAAACGUUUAAAACAUCCCAAUGUUCUUAAUUUUAUGGGACUUCUACUUGAUAAAGAUAAUCAAAUGUGUUUUCUUGUUGAUUAUAUUGCUGGUGGUACAUUAAAAAAUAUAAUUCAUGAUUUAUCUAUUGAGCUAACUUGGUUACAACGUUUACGUUAUGCUAAAGAUAUAGCAGCUGGAAUGGAAUAUCUUCAUUCAUGUAAUAUAAUUCAUCGUGAUUUGAAUAGUUCAAAUUGUUUAGUUAAAUCCAAUGGACAAGUUGUUGUAGCAGAUUUUGGUUUAUCAAGAAUAAAUCUUGAUGAUGAUGAUGAUAAUGUAUUAACACAAACAAAUGAUGGAUCAUUUAGACGAGAACAACGAAGUACAAGUACAACAAUAACAUCUAAUGGAAAUAUUGUUGUAGUUAGACCGAAAACUCGUCGACAAUUGAUACGAGAUCGACAACGAUAUACUGUUGUUGGAUCUCCAUAUUGGAUGGCACCUGAAAUGUUAAAAGGUCAAUGUUAUGAUGAACGUGUAGAUAUAUUUUCAUUUGGUAUUAUGUUAUGUGAAAUCAUUGGCCGUGUACAGGCUGAUCCGGAUUAUUUACCACGAACACAAGAUUUUGGUUUGAAUGUACAUUUAUUUAAUCAGAAAUAUUGUAGUAGAGAUUGUCCAAAACAGUUUAUUGCUAUUGCUAUUGCUUGUUGUGACAUUGAACCUGAUUCAAGGCCUGCGUUUUGUGUAUCGCAUCCAUGGCUUGAAGUACUUGCGUUAAGCGUUGAAACAGGCAUUUGUCUCUCUUCAACUUCGAAUGGAGAUAAUUCUUCUUCUUAA